AUGGAGUAUGGACAUCACGCUAGACCAGAUUCAAAACGACCAUUGGAUGAAGGAUCACCAGCAGCCGCAGGAUUAACUUCUAAGAAGGCGAACGAAGCUUUAACAAGAAAUAGAGAAUUAACAACUGUAUUAGUCAAAAAUUUGCCUAAGAGCUAUAAUCAAAACAAAGUCUAUAAGUACUUCAAACAUUGUGGGCCCAUUAUACACGUUGAUGUUGCGGAUUCGCUGAAGAAGAACUUUCGUUUUGCACGUAUUGAAUUUGCCAGGUAUGAUGGAGCCCUCGCUGCAAUAACCAAAACACACAAAGUUGUAGGUCAGAAUGAAAUUAUAGUAUCUCAUUUAACAGAAUGCACAUUAUGGAUGACGAAUUUCCCCCCAAGUUAUACUCAAAGAAAUAUUAGAGAUCUAUUGCAAGAUAUUAACGUUGUUGCACUCAGUAUACGGCUUCCCAGUUUACGAUUCAAUACAAGCAGAAGGUUCGCUUACAUCGAUGUUACUUCUAAAGAGGAUGCAAGAUAUUGUGUAGAAAAAUUGAAUGGACUCAAAAUAGAAGGUUAUACUUUAGUUACUAAAGUUUCCAAUCCGCUGGAAAAGUCGAAACGGACCGAUUCUGCCACACUAGAGGGGCGAGAGAUUAUGAUACGAAACCUAAGUACAGAAUUGCUCGACGAAAACCUUCUGAGGGAAUCUUUUGAGGGAUUUGGUUCCAUUGAAAAAAUCAACAUACCUGCUGGACAGAAAGAGCACAGUUUCAAUAACUGUUGUGCAUUUAUGGUUUUUGAAAAUAAAGAUUCUGCUGAAAGGGCACUUCAAAUGAAUAGAAGUUUGUUAGGUAAUAGGGAAAUUUCCGUUUCCUUGGCUGAUAAAAAACCAUUCUUAGAAAGAAACGAAGUCAAAAGACUUCUCGCAUCGCGUAACAGCAAAGAACUAGAAACACUAAUAUGCUUAUUUCCACUUUCAGAUAAGGUGUCACCAAGCUUAAUCUGCCAAUUUCUUCAGGAAGAAAUACACAUCAAUGAAAAAGAUAUUAGGAAAAUACUUCUCGUUAGCGACUUCAAUGGCGCCAUUAUUAUAUUUAGAGAUAGUAAGUUUGCAGCAAAAAUGCUAAUGAUACUAAAUGGAUCUCAAUUUCAGGGAAAGGUGAUACGUUCAGGUACUAUUAAUGACAUGAAAAGAUAUUAUAACAAUCAACAGAAUCACAGCAUGAAACACGUCAAACCUAGUUGUAUAAACAUGAUGGAAAAAGGACCAAAUCUUCAAGUAAAGAAAAAAAUUCCUGACAAACAAGAGCAGAUGUCCAACGACGAUUUUCGCAAGAUGUUUCUAGGUGAGUAG